AUGACCAAGGUUCUCCUCACCGGUGGCUCCGGCUUCAUCGCGGCUCACGUCCUCGAGCAGCUUCUAGAGCGUGGCCACAACGUCGUGACCACCGUUCGUUCAGAAGACAAGGCAGCCAAGAUCCACGCUGCUCACUCCUCACUGGGAAAGGACCGUCUAGAGACGGCGAUUGUGCCCGAUAUCGCGAAGCCAGACGCCUUCGAUGAGGUUGUCAAGACCCCGGGCAUCGAGGUCGUCCUCCACACAGCGUCUCCCUUCCACUUCAACAUCACAGACCCGCAAAAGGACCUCAUCGACCCCGCCGUCAUCGGCACGACUGGCAUCUUAAAGGCCAUCGCCAGGUCCGCACCGGGCGUGAAGCGCGUGGUCAUCACCUCGUCCUUCGCCGCCAUCCUCGACGCUUCCAAGCUCACUGACCCCAACACGACCUUCACAGAGAAGUCCUGGAACCCGGUGACCAUCGACGAAAUCCGCAAGGACAACGCGACCGCCUACCGCGCCUCCAAGAAGCUCGCCGAGAAGGCGGCCUGGGACUUUGUAAACGACAAGUCCAACAACGCAAAGUUCGACCUCGUCACUGUCAACCCACCGAUGGUCUUUGGCCCCGUGGUGCACCACCUGGCCAGCCUGGACACCAUCAACACGUCCAACGAGCGCAUCGUCGCCCUCGCCCAGGGCAAGUGGAAGGACGCCGUGCCCGCCACGGGCGUGAGCAAUUGGGUCGACGUGCGCGACGUGGCCAGGGCGCACAUCCUGGCGUUCGAGAAGCCCGAAAUCGGGGGCCACAGACUCUUCACGACGGCGGGCUCCUACUCCAACAGGGGCAUUCUGGAUGCGGCGAGGAAGAACUUCCCCGAGCUCAAGGACAAGCUGCCGGCUGAGGACGUUAAGGGUGGCGAGCCAACUCCGGCAGAUCAGGUUUACAAGUUUGAUAACUCGGAGACCACGAAGCUGCUGGGCUUUGAGUGGAUCCAGAUCGAGAAGACCGUGGUUGACACGAUCAAGAGUCUCCAGUCCUUCUUGUAA